UCACAGUGUUCGCCGGGUGGCAUCAAUCGCACCAAGUACCCCAUCCUGUGCCAGGCGGUGGGCAUCGUGCUGCACUACUCCACACUCUCCACCAUGCUGUGGAUCGGAGUGACCGCCAGGAACAUCUACAAGCAGGUGACCAAGAAGGCCGCUCUGUGCCUGGAUGCAGACCAGCCGCCAUACCCCAGGCAGCCCCUGCUCAGGUUUUACCUCGUCAGCGGAGGGGUCCCAUUCAUCAUCUGUGGGGUCACAGCUGCCACGAACAUCAGGAAUUACGGGACGGAGGAUGAGGACACCGCGUACUGCUGGAUGGCCUGGGAGCCCAGCCUGGGCGCCUUCUACGGCCCCGCCGCCCUCAUCGCCCUGGUCACCUGCGUGUACUUCCUGGGCACCUACGUGCAGCUGCGGCGCCACCCGGGGCGCAGGUACGAGCUGCGCGCGCGGCCCGAGGAGCAGCGGCGGCUGGCGACGCCCGAGGGCGGCCCGCGCGGGCCCCGGCCCGGCACCCCACCCGCCCGCGGCGGCCCCGGGGCCUCGGUGCUGCAGAACGAGCACUCGUUCCAGGCGCAGCUUCGCGCCGCUGCCUUCACGCUGUUCCUGUUCGCGGCCACAUGGGCCUUCGGGGCGCUGGCCGUGUCGCAGGGCCACUUCCUGGACAUGGUCUUCAGCUGCUUGUACGGCGCUUUCUGCGUGACGCUGGGGCUCUUCGUGCUCAUCCACCACUGCGCCAAGCGCGAGGACGUGUGGCGGUGCUGGUGGGCCUGCUGCCCGCCCCGCGGGGACCCCCGGCCCGCGCUCCACGCCGACGGGGCCGCGCCGGGCCACGCCACAUGCCUGCACUCGCCGGGCCUCGGACAGCCGCGGGGCUUCGCGCACCCGCCGGGCCCCUGCAAGAUGACCAACCUGCAGGCCGCGCAGGGCCACGCCAGCUGCCUGUCGCCGGCCACCCCGUGCUGCGCCAAGAUGCACUGCGAGCCGCUGAUGGCGGACGAGGCGCACGCGCACCUGCAGGAGGAGGGAGCCUUCGGGCACGACCCCCACCUGCACGGGUGCCUGCAGGGCAGAACUAAGCCGCCCUACUUCGGCCGGCACCCGGCGGCCACCGAACCCGAGUACGCCUACCACAUCCCAUCCAGCCUGGACGGCAGCCCCCGCAGCUCGCGCACGGACAGCCCCCCCAGCUCGCUGGAGGGCCCGGCGGGGACGCACACGCUGUCCUGCUGUGCCCAAGGCGACCCCUUCCCCCUGGUUGGCCAGCCCGAGGGCAGCGAGGGGAGCCCUAGCCUCUACAGCUGCCCCACGCGGCCUGGCCAUCUGGAGAUGCUGCGGAGGACACAGUCCCUGCCCUUCGGCGGCCCCAGCCAGAACGGGCUGCCCAAGGGUGACUUGCUAGAAGGCCUGCCAUUUGGUAACAUCCGAACAGGACCCUGGAGAAACGAAACUACUGUGUAGCCGGGGCAGGGGACACGGUGUCCCUGGAGGAGCUUCAGAGCAGAGCAGGGGUCCAUCUGCCACAUGAGGUCACUGGGAGCGCCAAAGCCACCCUGCCUUUCAGAAGCAGUUCACACCCCCCACUGCCGCCUUCCAUGAGAGAGACCUCAGCGGGGAAACGCUCUGGCCCACGCCUGCUCCUCUUAUCCCAAAUCCACGUGUUGGGCCCCACACAUGGUCAUCCGGUUUCUGUCCUGUGGCCUCCAGUCCUGAGGUGCCCAGAAGCAGAACAGGGGAUUCCAUCAAAGAACCCAGCCGGACCCCGGCGUGGCCCGGCCCGAGAUGCCCUGCGGCCCACGGGCUCCUGGCUUCCUCGGGUGUGGCCGGCAGGGCCGAGACCACAGCAGGAGGCUGCCCUGACCUUCCCAGCAUUCAGUGUGUGUGUCUUGUGUUCUCUGGGGUGGUGGUGGCCGGUCUGUCCCCAGCAUUCUCGCUCUGGGCAGAACCCUCACGACCCUCCGCUGUCCUGUGUCUGAGCCGCCCCUAUAGCUUCCCGGGGCCCCCGUGCGCCUUCGCCCACUCAGUGUCCAAGGUCAGCCCAUGCUCGUAGCCCCUGCCCUGCAGGGCUGAGAGCGCCACGGAUGCUUGGGUCUGCGGCCAUGCUCUGGACUCUGGGGAUAGCUGUCAGCCUCAGAGGGCCAGUGGGGGUCUCUCAGGGGCCCACGCCUUUGGAAAAUGCCCAACAUCCUUUAGUGAAGACCCGACUUCCAAAACCAGCCACCCGCAUUGGGACUGGGUUCCACUCCAGUGUAGGCACCUGGCAACAAGAAGGUUCUAUCCCAAAAAGAAGGGGGGCUGGCUGGUGGGACAUUCUCACGGACAACAUCCCUUUCCCUUUUUUUCAUCUCCAUGAAAAACAUCUGGGCACAAAGCCCUGACUCAAAGGACAGAUGUGAUGACAGCAAGCCUUCUGUGAGAGCCAGUGGCCCGUCCCUGGUGGGAGGGAGUCCAGAGGGCCACAGGCGUGACUCGUGCACAGCCCUCCCUCCCUCUUUCCCUGUGACACAUGUGCACCCACACAUACACACAGGUGCACACACAUGCAUACCCCACAUACGCACCCGUCAAGCACAUGUGCACGCCCUGCACGUGGAAGGCGUGUGCUCUCCAGCGCCCCGCACACCAGAGUGUCACUGCAGAUGGUUUCACCCUGCAAAUGUCAGCGUCAGCAGCCUCGCCAGUGUGCAGACAGUCGGGCCGUCUCACCAGGAGCACAGACUUCCGAUGCACACCUCCCAGAAGAGGGGUGUGGGGGAGUGUUCCCAGCGCCUGCGCGGUGGAAGGGCUCUCCGGAGGCUGGCACUCAGUAUCUGAGUGUGAGGAAACUCACUUCCCGGGGUGUCCGUAAACUUCACCACGACGCAGUCGGCCGCAGCGUGCUCCACCCGGCAAACCCUGCGCGUCCUUACGGGGCAACCAGAUGGGCCAGCGGAUGACGCCUGGCGGCCCUGCCUCCGCCUCAGCUGUCCACCUGCUUCCGUAGCCGAUGUGAACCCGAAUCCCGAGGCUGUGCUGUGUACACACUGUAGGUGCAGAACCGUCCACACAGAAAUACAGUCUUUGCGUUGUCUGUUCUUUGUGAGGCUGGUUAAUAGCACCCGUGCAUUUUCUCGCCCUCCAUGGGGGUAGAGGGGCCCGGGGUGUGUGGCCCACUUUGUGUCCUGAUCCCGGGGCGACACUGCUCUCCCUGGCCCCUCCAGCCCCUCGUGAACUUUCUGCCCUCAGUGCCCCUGGCUGAACAGAGAGGCAUCCUGCCACUGAACCAAAGAAAGUCAACAUUAAACAUUAAACCUCUGUGUGUUUCUAUGCUGA